GAAAGAUUCGGGGAGAUGAAAAGCGCGGCUGGUCGGCAGGGAGGAGGCGGCUUUGCUGCUGCUGCAGCGCCAGCAGACCGGGGGCAGCUGGGGUCGUCUUCGUCCUGCAGAUCUAUAGAGAUGCAGCAUGAUGAAGAAGGUGACAUCACACAGAAGGGCUAUGAAAAGAAGCGAUCCAAGCUGAUUGGAGCCUAUUUCCCCCAAACUCCAGGAAUGGAUCCCUCCAUGGGCCAGGAGAGGAGAACACCGGUCACCCCCUCCUCCUCGUCCCGCUACAACCGCCGGCGGUCGUCGGGCUCCAGGGAUGAGCGCUACAGAUCAGAUGUGCACACAGAGGCCGUGCAGGCGGCCCUGGCGAAGCAUAAGGAAAGAAAAAUGGCGGUGCCGAUGCCGUCAAAGCGCCGGUCGCUGGUGGUCCAGACCUCCAUGGACGCCUACACACCACCAGACUCUUCCUCUGGAUCGGAGGGCGAAGGUCAGGGCGACGAGGACGUAGGAGACGGAGAGGAAGAGGACGGCGGAGGAGGCGGAGGAACGUCGUCCAGCAGGGAGGGGAGCAUCAACAUGGAGCAGUGGAUCAGCCGGGCGGUCCACUCCUCCACCACCACCACCUCCUCCACCGCCUCCUCCUCCUCCUCCACCCGCAGCGGGGGCAGCGGGGCGGCCGCGGGCCGGCUGGCCGACGUCCUGGCCCAACACGUCCACAUCUCCGCCCAGCACCACCUCCGCCACCACCGCCAUCAUCACCGCCACAAGACAGGCCUUUUAAGCCACCUCUCCUUGAGGAAGAGGAGGAGGAAGGCAGAGCCGGCUGGUUUGGUACAGAACGGAAACUCUGAGCCUCGGCGCUCCGAAAACCACUCUGCACCCCCGGAUGUGACCGGCUACACCAACAACACCGCCGCAGACGGGAUCCAGGUGGAGCGGGCCCCACCCGGCGGCGGCGGCGGCUCCGCGGCCCACAGGCAGACGCCCAAAUAUGGAAACGCCGAGCUGAUGGAGACCGGAGACGGUGUUCCAGUCAGCAGCAGAGUUUCAGCCAAGAUCCAGCAGCUGGUCAACACGCUGAAGAGACCCAAACGGCCGCCGCUCAGGGAGUUCUUCGUCGAUGACUUUGAGGAGCUUCUGGAGGUCCAGCAGCCGGACCCCAACCUUCCCAAAGCCGAGGGGGCGCAGAUGGCGGCCAUGCGAGGCGAGCAGCUGGGCGUGGUGACCAACUGGCCGCCGUCCCUGGAGGCGGCGCUGCAGCGGUGGGGCACCAUCUCCCCGAAGGCGCCGUGUCUGACCACCAUGGACACCAACGGCAAGCCGCUCUACGUUCUCACCUACGGUAAACUGUGGUCCAGGAGUGUGAAGGUGGCGUACAACCUGCUGCACAAACUGGGAACCAAGCAGGAACCGCUGGUUCGACCCGGAGACCGGGUGGCGCUGGUCUUCCCCAACAACGACCCCGGCGCCUUCAUGACGGCGUUUUACGGCUGUUUGCUGGCCGAGGUCGUCCCGGUGCCGAUAGAGGUACCGCUGACCAGGAAGGACGCCGGCAGCCAGCAGAUCGGCUUCUUGUUGGGCAGCUGCGGCGUUACCGUGGCGCUGACCAGCGACGCCUGCCAUAAGGGGUUACCCAAAACCCCCACCGGAGAGAUCCCGCAGUUCAAAGGUUGGCCCAAGGUUCUGUGGUUCGUCCCGGAGUCCAAACACCUGUCCAAGCCGCCCAGAGACUGGUUCCCCCAGAUUAAAGACGCCAACCAGGACACCGCCUACAUCGAGUACAAGACGUGUAAAGACGGCGGCGUCCUCGGCGUCACGGUGACGAGGACGGCCAUGCUCACCCACUGCCAGGCCCUCACACAGUCCUGCUCCUACACAGAAGCUGAAACCAUCGUGAACGUGUUGGACUUUAAGAAGGACGUGGGUCUCUGGCACGCCGUCCUGACUAGUGUGAUGAACAUGAUGCACGUCAUCAGCAUCCCCUACGCCCUGAUGAAGGUCAACCCGUUAUCCUGGAUCCAGAAGGUCUGCCAGUUCAAAGCGAAGGUGGCCUGUGUGAAGUCGCGGGACAUGCACUGGGCGCUGGUAGCCCACCGGGACCAGCGCGACGUCAACCUCAGCUCCCUGCGGAUGCUGGUGGUGGCCGACGGUUCGAAUCCCUGGUCGAUUUCGUCCUGCGAUGCGUUCCUCAACGUCUUCCAGACCAAAGGUCUGAGGCCAGAGGUCAUCUGUCCCUGCGCCAGCUCCCCGGAGGCGCUGACCGUCGCCAUCCGCAGGCCGCUGGAGGAGGGUGCCACUCCGCCGAGCCGCGGCGUACUGUCCAUGCCGGGUCUGAGUCACGGGGUGAUCCGGGUCGACUCGGAGGAGAAGCUGUCCGUCCUCACUCUCCAGGAUGUUGGUUCUGUGAUGCCCGGAGCUUUGAUGUGCGCUGUGAAAGUCGAAGGCGUUCCUCAGCUCUGCAAAACCGACGAGAUCGGAGAGAUGUGUGUUUGCACCGUCGCCACGGGAACCUCCUAUUAUGGUCUGGCCGGGAUGACGAAGAACACCUUCGAGGUCUUCCCCGUGUCCAACAACGGGACGCCCAUCAGCGAGUUCCCGUUCACCAGAACCGGCCUGCUGGGCUUCAUCGGACCUGCCGGCCUCAUCUUCGUCAUCGGGAAGAUGGACGGCCUGAUGGUGGUCGGAGGACGGCGCCACAACGCCGACGACAUCGUCGCCACGGCGCUGGCGGUGGAGCCCAUGAAGUUUGUCUACAGAGGCAGGAUAGCGGUGUUUUCCAUCACCGUGCUCCAUGAUGAGAGGAUCGUGGUCGUAGCUGAGCAGCGACCGGAUUCUACAGAGGAAGACAGUUUCCAGUGGAUGAGCAGAGUGCUGCAGGCGAUAGACAGCAUCCACCAGGUGGGGGUGUACUGCCUGGCCCUGGUUCCCUCCAACACGCUGCCCAAGACGCCUCUGGGCGGCAUCCACCUGUCUGAGGCCAAGCAGCUCUUCCUGGAGGGGGCGCUGCACCCCUGCAACGUGCUGAUGUGUCCGCACACCUGCGUCACCAACCUGCCCAAACCGCGGCAGAAACAGCCAGAGAUCGGUCCUGCGUCCGUGAUGGUCGGGAAUCUGGUGUCGGGGAAGCGGAUCGCUCAGGCCAGCGGCCGGGAUCUGGGUCAGAUCGAAGACAAUGACCAGGCAAGGAAGUUCCUCUUCCUGUCUGAGGUGUUGCAGUGGAGAGCGCAAACGACUCCGGACCACGUCCUGUACACUCUGCUCAACUCCAGGGGGGCGAUAGCCAGCUCUCUGACUUGUGUUCAGCUGCACAAGAGAGCGGAGAAGAUCGCUGCCGUUCUGUCAGAACGGGGCCACCUGCAGGACGGAGACCACGUCGCACUCGUUUACCCUCCAGGUAUCGACCUGAUCGCUGCGUUUUACGGAUGCCUUUACGCCGGCUGCGUCCCGAUCACGGUGCGGCCUCCUCACCCGCAGAACAUCGCCACCACGCUGCCCACGGUCAAGAUGAUCGUGGAGGUGAGCCGCUCGGUGUGUGUGAUGACCACGCAGCUCAUCUGCAAGCUGCUGAGGUCCAAAGAGGCGCUGGCGGCCGUGGACGUCCGAACAUGGCCGCCCGUCAUAGACACAGAUGAUUUGCCAAAGAAGAAGCCCCCCCUGCUGUACAAACCGUCCAACCCCGACACGCUGGCCUACCUGGACUUCAGCGUCUCCACCACCGGCAUGCUAGCUGGAGUCAAAAUGUCCCACACCGCCACCAGUGCCUUCUGCCGCUCCAUCAAGCUGCAGUGUGAGCUCUACCCGUCCAGAGAGGUCGCCAUCUGCCUCGACCCGUACUGCGGCCUGGGCUUCGUCCUCUGGUGCCUUUGCAGCGUGUACUCAGGUCACCAGUCCAUCCUCAUCCCUCCGUCCGAGCUGGAGGUGAAUCCGGCUCUCUGGUUGUCGGCCGUCAGUCAGUACAAAGUCCGGGACACGUUCUGCUCCUACAGCGUCAUGGAGCUGUGCACCAAAGGCCUGGGCCUGCAGACCGACUCCCUCAAGUCCAGAGGAGUCGACCUGUCCCGGGUCAGAACCUGCGUGGUGGUAGCGGAGGAGCGGCCCAGGAUCGCCCUGACCCAGUCCUUCUCCAAACUCUUCAAAGACCUGGGCCUCCACCCGCGCGCCGUCAGCACGUCGUUCGGCUGCAGGGUCAACCUGGCCAUCUGCCUGCAGCCUCACAGGCUGGGAAAGCUGGCCGACCAGGGAACAUCAGGCCCCGACCCCACCACUGUGUUCGUAGAUAUGCGAGCGCUGCGACACGACAGGGUCAGGUUAGUGGAGCGGGGUUCGCCACACAGUUUACCGCUGAUGGAGUCUGGGAAGAUCCUGCCUGGAGUUCGGAUCAUCAUCGCCAACCCGGAGACCAAGGGGCCGAUGGGGGAGUCGCACCUGGGAGAGAUCUGGGCGCACAGCGGCCACAACGCCAGCGGUUACUUCACCGUCUACGGAGACGAGGUUCUGCAGUCGGACCAUUUCAGCUCCAGGCUCAGCUUCGGCGACACCCAGACGGUUUGGGCCCGAACCGGAUACCUGGGCUUCCUGCGGCGGACCGAGCUCACCGACGCCAGCGGAGAGCGGCAUGACGCGCUGUAUGUGGUCGGCGCUCUGGAGGAGGCCAUGGAGCUGAGGGGGAUGCGCUACCACCCCAUCGACAUCGAGACCUCGGUCAUCCGGACGCACAAGAGCAUCACAGAGUGCGCGGUGUUCACGUGGACCAACCUGCUGGUGGUGGUGGUGGAGCUGGACGGCUCGGAGCACGAGGCUCUGGACCUGGUUCCGCUCGUCACCAACGUGGUUCUGGAGGAGCACUACCUGAUCGUCGGCGUUGUCGUGGUCGUCGACAUCGGCGUCAUCCCCAUCAACUCCCGCGGCGAGAAGCAGCGCAUGCACCUCCGCGACGGCUUCCUGGCCGACCAGCUCGACCCCAUCUACGUGGCCUACAACAUGUAGCGCCCCCUGGUGGAGGGAGGGAGGGAGGGAGGGAGGAACAGACUUGAACAAACUGAAGUUAGCCCUGCGCUUCGUCUUGCAGGCACUUUUCGUGUCCUCGGAAAAGGGAAGCUGGUUUCUGGCUUCUGCAGCAACAUCUGGCGCUCUCUCUCUGUGUUGUUUUUAAAUGUCAGAAAGGUCCUGGCUUAUUUUUUUGAAAAUGAUAUUUACACAAAAAAACUGAAAUAUUUUGUGUUUUUUACAGCCAUUAAAGUGCGGGGUAUGUUUUGA